GGUGGCAGUUGGGGUCGGCGCUCCGCCAGCGGCGGGGUCGGCGCUCCGCCAGCGGCGCCCGGUCCAACCACGUCGGUCCUCGCCGGUUCGACAAUCGAACACAGCACCAGGCUCCCGUGCACAGGUGGUCUGUUCUCCUGACGAGGUUCGGAUGACGUCAUCUGCCUGCCAUCGAUGACGUCACCUGCCUGCCAUCCAUGACGUCACCGCACGUCUAGUGCCAUCGUGUCAUCAUGCGGCGCCUGUCAGCGCGGCGCGGCCUGCUCUACGCCGGCCUGGCAAUAUGCGCCAUGCUCUUCUUCAUCAACUUCCUCAGCUUCCAGCAGCGCGACCAGCCACCCUGGGCCGUCAGUCUGACGGGUGCCAGCGCGGUGGCCCCGCGAAGUCGCUCCCUCAGCGGCUCCAGAAACGGCACAGGACCUCCGGUGCCAAGACCAGUAGCUUCGGCGGGGUCUGCGGCGGCGGCACCAAAGGCAUCGCCCCUUCGAGAGCCCGGCUCUAACGUCGUCUCGGCUGACGACGGGACAUUGCUGGUGCCAGAGGACCGGCACUGGUUCUUCAGCGGCGGUCGCCGCAAGCCAGGUCCGGGCUCAUUACCUCGCGAGCUCGCACUCUGGCCGGAGGAAGACGGUGGUGACCGGAUUGUCAACCAGCUGUUGUACCGGCCUCCACCGGCCGACUCGUCCUCCUGGCCGCCCAGGAAGCUGAAGAAGAUCCUGCUGUACGACGGGUUCGGCGCGCGCCUGAAGACGGGCCAGGAGGAGUUCGUGCGGAACGGAUGUCCGGUGAACACGUGCGAGCUCACCACGUCGCGCAGUCAGAUCGACACUGCCGACGCCGUGCUGUUCAAGGACCGGUUCCACGGGCCGCACGGCCAGCGCCGGCCCGGCCAGGCCUGGAUCAUGUACCUCCUCGAGUGUCCCAUGCACACAGUCAGCUUCAAGCAUGUGCAACCACUUUUUAACUGGACAGCUACGUACAGACACGAUAGUGACAUCGUGGCGCCCUACGAGAAGUGGGUGUACUACGAUGACAGCGUUCACUUUCGUAAACAGGAGAUCAACUAUGCAGCCAAGAAGACCAAGAAGGUGGCGUGGUUUGUAUCUAACUGCGGCGCCAUCAACAAGCGCCUUCAAUACGCCAAGGAGCUGGCGAAGUACAUCGAGGUAGAUAUCUAUGGUAGCUGCGGAACCAAGAAAUGUCCGCGCAGCAUGGGCAAGAAGUGCUUCGAGAAGCUCAGCAAUGAAUAUAAGUUCUACCUGGCCUUUGAGAACUCCAACUGUCGCGACUACAUCACCGAGAAGUUCUUCGUCAAUGGACUGCAGCACAAUGUGCUGCCGAUCGUGAUGGGCGCUCACCCCGACGACUACAAGAGGGCCGCUCCGGAGCACUCCUACAUCCACGUGGACGACUUCAAGUCACCCCAGGAGCUGGCCGACUUCCUGCACGCGCUCGAUCGCGACGACCACCUGUACAACUCGUACUUCCAGUGGAAGGGCACCGGCGAGUUCAUCAACACCUACUUCUUCUGCCGGCUGUGCGCGAUGCUACACGACGAGGGCCACCAGAAGACCAUUCCGGAUCUGAACGAGUGGUGGCGCGGCGCCGGCACCUGUGUCACCGGCAAGUGGCCGCGCUACACGCCCGAGAGGACUUGAGAUAGUGACGCCCGUGACGGUGUCACGCACUCGGGACGUGACGAGCACGUGCUGGCACAAAGCGUCGCUUAGUAGGACGGAUACGCGGGCCAGUUGGGGUGCUGUUCUGGCCAUUAGGGGAGGUAGUGUGAAUGUGAAUGUGUGCAGUGGGCACCCUACACGCGGCGUGCUGUGGUUCUAUUAUUCUCACCAUGUGAGGGCACAAAUUGGGUGAUGUUAUGUGCCGAAUGUCUAUGUGAGCGCGUGGGCCGCGACGUUGGUGCUUAGGACGAUAACGCACAAGCACCUGAGGUGCAGUCGCCAGGUUUGCUCCAAGAGAACGGAACGCUGCGGUGGCUGCACUGGGCCAGUGCAGGGCGAAGGGCGAGGCGGGUGAUAACCGAGCCAAGGUGUGAGCAGCUAGACUACGGCAUCGGCGGGCAGCUUAACUAUGCUGUGUGUGGACAACUAGCUAGCAUGUGUGGGUAGCUAGCUAGACUUUAUCUGAAACCGGACUCUGGCUUCCGGCAUUUACGUUCCGACAAUUGCACUCCGUUUUUACUCAUAAUCGUUUCAGGUACGAUUGGGCUGGUUUCUGGGUGGCUUUUAGUCCGUUUUGUCUUGUUUGUUUCUAGGUCUUCUCAGGCUUGUUCCUGGCCAGUUGAGUGUUCGUCAUAUGACCCGGGGCGUUUGAGCUAUUUUGGGCUGCUGUUUGAGCGUGUGAUACGUGUGAGGUCAUUAUGUGAUCUCGGGUCUCAUAACGAAACAUUCCUUCUGGGCGGUGCGGAGCAGCAGGCGCCGGGCCGCCGUUGUGAUGAUUUGGUGACGGUCAGAGUGACAGUCAGGGUCGUGACAGGACGGUUGGGAUCGUGACAUGCCGGUCGUGACGGCCAGAGACGAUCGAAGACGGACCCACCGGCGGCGGUCCGCCACGCUACGAAACUGUCACAAACCGCGCUUGCCCAUGGGCAGCGAGCGCAAUGGUCACACAAGCUGGUGGAUAUGUUCGACCCCGCUAACGCAAGAGGCUACAACUGUCCAACAAUCGAGCUGUUUGUUGUCGUUUGCCAGUCCCGCGCGCACUGUUGUUGAGUAAGAUAGCCUGUCAAGCGAGUUACCGGUCUGACCUGCACCUCCACCGUCCCAGCUGGUGUUACUGGCGAUGGGGUGCAAAGCAAGUCUGUCCACCGGUUUCGCCACAAGCUGGAAUGCAAUGCUUGUUGCAUUGCAAUACCAAAGACUGACGAUUGUUUGGCCAUUUUACUGUUAUUUAUCCUUGUGAGCGUGUGGCCUGCAUGCCAACAAUAUUAUAUUGCAAUUUAUUUGACUGUGACUGGCGUCUAUUUAUCUCAAUCUUUUUAGAUAAAUACAUGAAAAAAAAUGUGA